AUGAAGAUCUCUACUUUAUCCCUUCUCGGCCUUCAGGCCGCUCUCAGCCAUGCUCAGGAAUCUUGCAAUGCUGCAUGUCAAGCAGCCUUCCGACCAGCUGUCGCGGGGGAGAUUGGCUCUAUGGUCUCAAAGAACGUAUCCUCCGAAGCGUUCUACAGCACGCCUGCCAACGUCACCGGUGCCAAACCUGGUGAUGUGUUGCGAUGGGAGGACUUCCCUCAGUCCAUCGUAAACACCAACUUUACUAUACCUGCUGGAAUGUCCCUUUCCCGCUUCCUCUACAUGACCGAGGAUAUCGACCGGAAGCCGAUUCCGGCGAGUGGAUUUGUCCUUCUACCUUACAGCAGACCCGAUCCAAGCAAGCCGUUGAACACUAUUGUGUGGACACACGGUACAGCAGGAUUCACGAGAAACUGUGCGCCUUCCAACCAUAAAGAUCUGUACUAUGAAUGGCAGGGACCCUACUACCUGGCACAGGCUGGAUAUGCCGUUAUCGCUCCAGACUACGCUGGCCAGGGAUCCGAUAUCCCUCAGGGCUUUAUGUACGAGGCUGGCUUUCUGCACGCCGCCGACGUUGCUUACGGCCUUAUCGCUGCCCGUAAAGUUAUUGGAGACCUACUUUCCCAAGAUUAUGUUGUCAUCGGCCACAGCGAGGGCGGUAUGACUGCAUGGAGGACCAAUGAGCGACUCGCAAUGUCCGACCAGAACGAACUCAAGAAGGCAGGCAACUUUCUUGGCUCAGUCGCAAACUCGCCGGCGCUCCGUCCACUCGACUUGAUCCCUGAAUCUAUCCGACGAGCAAAUGGCGGACCUAUUGGUGAUGCAGUAUCUGUCUUCUUCUUGCAGUCACUUGCUGGCCUCUUCCCUAAGGAGUUUCGUAUGGAGGACUACCUCACACCCCUUGCGCUGGCCCGAGUUCCUCUUGUCAAUCAAGGCUGUAUCUCUGCAGGCCGAUCCCUCUUCGCAGGCCUGACUAGCGCGCAGCUAUUCAAGAGCCUUGACUGGCUUAAACUCCCCGUAGUCGUCGACUGGCAGAAGCGUUUCAAUGGCGCCGGACCACAUGCCCUAGCUGCGCCAAUGCUAGUUGUCCAGGGUAUCGCUGAUGUACUUACCUACGCCAACAACACCGAAUGGGACUUCAAUCAGACUUGCUCGUCUUUCCCCAACACUAAGGCUACCCUCUUGCUUUACCCCGAUUCGAACCACGACGUUUCAAGCAACGCACCAAUGGUUGAUUUCAUGGGAUGGAUUCAGGACCGAUUCAACGGUGUGCCAGUCCAGGAUGGCUGUCACACGAAGACUAUUGAGACACUCACCACAAGGCUCCGAAAUAUUAACACUUCCUACAACGGCACCGCCUAA